AUGUAUGGCAGACAAGGCAACGGGCACGCAAGCAAGCAAGCAAGCAUGGGAGGGAACGAGGAAACGAGGGAAAGAGAGGAAAAGAGGGUACAGAGGGUACAGAGGGUAAGAAAAAAUGGAUCAACAUCUCCACGAAAUGGAAUGGCGGGAGGACAAGUUAACGGGGCAACGAAUCAACGAUGCAUUCGACUCAACCAGCCACGUUUUGCGCGUGCUCCAGCUAUUAACCAUGCAGCAUCCCUAGGUACGUAA